CCCAUUUUUAACGGCCAAAACAUUCAAAACAUUCUCCUGUAGAUCUUGCCAAUAUACAGAUAUUAUACAUUUUUAUUAUUUGUUAUACAAAAUAUUACACAUUUAUUGUAAAGAACGUCUGGAUGAAAUGGUGAAAAAUAAAAGGGAUGUUAAGCCUCUCCCGAGAAGAGCAUCUUUUUCGUCAAAGAGAGCUGUACUCAAUCAAACAAUAACAAAAGUAUUGUCUUGUCCUGCUUCAUCAACUUCCAUAAAAUCAAAUUCAUCAGCAAACAUAAAAGUAGUCGUAAGAGUGCGUCCGCAGAGUAUCAAGGAAGAAGAAGGAAAUAACAGAAUUGUAGUGCAGGUUGUGAAUGAUGAUUUCCUUAUAUUUGAUCCGGAAGAAGAAACCCAAGGAUUCUUUUUCCAUGGAGUACAACAGAAAGGUCGUGAUUUGCUUAAAAAGGUCAAGAAAAACAUGAAAUUCUUCUUUGACAAAAUAUUUGCAACAGAUGCAACCAAUUCAGAUAUUUUUAAAGGCAGUACAUAUCCCCUUAUCAGCUCUGUAAUGGAUGGCUACAACUGUUCAGUUUUUGCAUAUGGAGCAACAGGAGCUGGGAAGACAUUUACAAUGACAGGAACAGCAGAAAAUCCAGGAAUUACCUAUCUAACUAUGACUGAACUGUUCAAACAGCAAGAAGAUCUUAGUACAGAGUGGGAUUUUGAUCUUGGUAUCACUUAUUUGGAAGUGUAUAAUGAAUUAGUAAAAGAUUUAUUACAUCCUGGACCUCCACUAAAUCUAAGGGAAGAUUCAAAUUAUGGAGUUAUUGUGGCUGGAAUAAAGGUGUUCAAAAUCAGUAAUGCAGAUGAGUUAUUUAAUUUACUAGAACAAGGAAAUCAAAAUAGAACACAACAUCCUACUGAUGCUAAUGCUGAAAGUUCUAGAUCACAUGCAGUUUUCCAAGUUUACAUUAAAAUGACAAGGAAGAGUACUAAGGAGGUUCGAACAGCAAAGUUGAGUAUGAUUGAUCUAGCAGGUAGCGAAAGAGGCUCAGUGACAGGUUAUGGUGGAGCUCGUUUCACUGAAGGAGCAAAUAUAAAUAAGUCAUUGCUUGCAUUAGGAAAUUGUAUAAACAGCUUAGCAGAUGGCCAACGCCACGUCCCGUACCGUGACUCUAAAUUGACUAGAUUACUCAAAGAUAGUCUUGGAGGUAACUGCAAGACAGUGAUGAUAGCAAAUGUUUCACCAUCUUCUCUCAGUUUUGAGGAUACUUAUAACACAUUAAAAUAUGCAACCAGAGCUAAGAAGAUUAAAUCUAACAUACAUAUGAAUGUGGCAAAGGUAGAUUUAAAUAUAAUACAUUAUGUUAAAAUGAUAGACGACUUGACAAACGAGAACAAAACAUUAAAACAACAAUUGAAAGAAGAGGUGGACAAAAAAGAAAUGUUGGAAAAGGAAUGUGAAAGAUUAAAAUCUGAAGUAGAAGUAUCAGGCUUUUGUGCAGACGUUAAUGAUGAGGCAUUCGAUAAAAUUAAAGUAUUAAUGCAACAACAAAAAGAGAUUUUAGAGAGGCAGUUUGGAUUAGAACUAAAUCACGAUGUCACAUUAUUAAGAAGUUGUUUAAGAUCAAUGAAGCAGAAAACGGACACAGAAUUUUGUUAUAUCACACCAAUCAAAAAUCGAAUCAGAGAUGGUCUAAAAUCAGAUUUGCCGAUAUUACAAAGUAAAGAAAAUAGUUUAGAAAAUGUACAUAAAGAUGAAGCGUUGAUAGUAAAUAUAGAUAAACAGGUGGACGACAUACUAAGCGAACAUCCCCAACAUAGACAAUACGUUAAAAUGGAAAGAAUGAAAUUAAGUUUGUUAAAAGCAAAACAUGUGAUUACACUAGAAAGCAAGCAGUCAGAAGCACUAAUCACGGAGCAAAAGGAAAAGAACGAACUUAUUGAAAAAAUGGCAGGCAGCUUGAAAUAUUUCUACCAGCUUUUACAAGGUCACGGUGUUGCCUCAUCCAAUAUUACAAAACAAUACCAAGAAAUUAGUCAAAGUCUCUUAGGGCGUAAACAUGUAACAUGGGGAACCCUUCCAGAUUCUGGCAUCAGUUCCGAAGCAAGUAUAGCAGUAUCAGAUGUAGAAGAAAUACAAGAGAAUAAAAGAAAAACUGAAGAUGAAGCUAAUCAAACAUUUUCCAUGCCUAGUAAACCAACGAAGACUCCUGAGCUGUAUCGUGUUAAAGGUCCUAAUAUAAAUUUCUCCCGACCGGUGGUGAGAAAAAUGGCAGUAAAGAACACUAAUAAUAAGGAGAACGUUUAUCGAAAACCCUUUGAUUCGACAAAGACCUCCUCCCUUACAGCUAAAUCAGUAGUAAAUUCUGGAUUGAAAAGUGCCGUAACCUCGCGACCCAAGACUAUAAUUAACCAUCCCAGGUUUAAAAGGUAAUAAAAAACACUAGGAAAUUUGUGCCAAGUUCCAAAUUCUUGCAAUAACUCUUAUUUUUAUAACAUAUUAUAUAAUUUUUAUAACAAUUUCUGUAAAAUAAAUUUGUAUUGACCUUUGUAA